GGCAUCGUUAUUACAUACUGCAAUACGAGAACCUUAUGCGAAAAGCCGAUUGCACUUUUACAGCGACCUACUGGGACUGGAGUCUAGAUUCCAGGGAACCAUUUAGCACAGGUCCAGAUAACGUUUGGAACAAAGACACCGGGUUUGGAGGAAAUGGCGUAGAUACUGAUCAAAACUGCGUGCUGGACGGUCCCUUUAGAAAGGGCGCCUGGAGCCGAGUGAGACCAGAUAACCCGCCCCCUGGGCCAGACUGCUUGACACGGAGUUUCAGCGGAACUGCUCCUGCCGAGGCAGAUGUGAUGGAAGUCUUGAACUUUGACGAUUUCACUAUGUUUGAAUUCGGUCUGAGAAGUACGCUGCAUGACAACGUACACUGUCAAAUCGGGGCCACCAUGUGCACACGAGAAGCUGCUUCCGCUCCAGAGUUUUUUCUUCAUCACUCUUUCAUCGAUAAGCUCUGGGACGACUGGCAAAAGAAAAGUAUGGCCCACAAGUACGCGUACUUCCCUAUGGUUCAAGAAGACAUGCCAGGAACAGAUUUGAGACCUGCCCGACUGAUUGACCUUUCUAACCAACCAGGAGGCGUGAGCGUUGAGUAUGAGCCUUUCAAGCCAGAAGAAGAGAUAAGGGCGAAUUUGGCAGGUUUGAGUCCUAGCCAACUGCGUCUCUCUCCGCGCCGACCUUUCACUGGCCUCAGUCAACAAGCUAUCCGACUGUUCAAGAUAUCAGCAGCUGACGUAAAGGAGAUCAGAGUGCUUGAGAAAUGGCUUAAUCCCAAUGUGAUUGAACCUAAAAAUUAACACUGAUUGUUUGCUGCCCUAAUGAUCGUAGCUCUUGUGUGCAAAGAAGUCAUCCUUUGUCAGAUCUCAUCGCUUAGCAUAACUCGUGCCAAUACCUCCCAUUAGCUUUACCUCAAGCCGUGAUUACCUCGUUACUAAAGCGAUCUUGAAAAAGUUUCAUCAAAGCGAAGAAAAUUAGUUAAUUUCAAUAACAAAGCACCGUUUCAAGUAGAACAUUACAUAAUAAGUCAAAUUAUUCGCCCCGUUUGAUCGGUUCUAACUUGUGAUCACUUGGAAGACGUUUUGUGACCUUGUUAUAUUUAACAUGAGACUACGUCCCUGAAUUUUCUAUGAACGAAUUUGUCAACGAGGUGUCGCUUAGCCGAGUUAUCUAUCUCUCAUAGGAAACGAUUACGAGUUAAUUAUUGUCUAGUUUAGUCAAUAGACACUCUAAAGCUUAGAACGUACAAAUUUGUGUAUUUUUACACCAAAACUUAAGAAUAAUUUUCAUAUUCAAGAGCAAUGCAGUAUGGUAAUAUGGCAACAUGGCAACAUCUAUUUGAUAAUCUAAAAAUUAGAGCAACACUUCUGAAAUCGUGAGAUCCCUCCCAUUGGUAGAUUCCUGGUU